GUAGUGUCUAAUUCCAUCGGCGAAACCCUUACACCACAAGCAUCUUACCAACAACCACAGCAACUACCACAGUAUGUGCCAGCCUACCGAGAACCUGUCACCUACGCACCUGCUCCGGCAUAUCCAACACCACCACCUCGCGUUCAUCAAGUGGCAUUUCAACCGGCUCCACAAGCUCAACAGUACUACACAUACUACCCAGCCAGCGGUUAUAAUCCAGGACUCAAUACUAUCUUUGAGCAAAUGCAGUGCUUCAGUGGUGAGAUGGAGGUGGAGACUCCUUCCGGCAUGAAAGCGAUCAAGGAUCUGGAAGUUGGAGACAUGGUGCUGAGCGUGGACGAGUUUAUGGUAACAUUUUCACCGGUGAUCAUGUUUCUACAUAAACUCGAAGACGAGCGUGCCGUGUUUCUGCAUAUUCAUACAGAACAUGGAGAGUCUCUCAAACUCACUGAGAAUCAUCUCUUAUACCUCACCAACUGCGGUAGUGCUGACCCACUUCAGCUGGCAGCUGCUAAAGACGCUCGAGCAGGACAGUGUUUGCAGGUUACAACAGGCAACUCGGAUCUCAUUCCAAGACGUAUUACUUCGAUUUCCAAGGUCAUUGAAAAUGGUAUCUAUGCUCCGCUCACGACCACUGGUGAUAUCAUUGUGAACCGUUACCUAGUCUCGUGUCAUUCGAAUCUUGCCCUAAAAACGCUUCAGCAGACAUUUUUCAGUGUCUACCGUAGUCUUUCGAACUUAUUCCGUAAUUUCGUCCCCACAUAUGUCCACGAUGUCCAGAUACAUCUCCCAGCUGGUGUCCACUACUUGACUACAGUAGCUGACAUGUUCCUUCCUAAUUCAUUGUUAUGA